AUGAAGGAUUUUCUAUCAAGUUCGGAUAGUGAUGAAGUUGAGAUAAUGAUGAGUAGAAACUGUCGAGAAGUUGAAGAUGAGAGUAUCGGGGAUGCAAUUGGAGUACAACAAUGUGAUAUGAAUGUGCUACAUGUGCCAAAUGUGGGAGAUGAAGUGAAUGUGGAAGAGGGAGUGGAUAUCGGAGAUGGAGUGAAUGUGGAAGAUCGAGUGAAUGUGGAAGAAACAGCGGUGGAAGACAGAGUAAAUGUGGAAGAUGGAGAUAAUGUGGGAGAUAAAGAUUCUGCAAAUAUGAUUUCUAGCUUAAGUAGUGAUAUUUUUGAGCCAUUUGUUGGGAAGGAGUUCGAUGAGGUAGAAGACGCCCAAGCCUUUUCCAAGGCGUAUGCAAGACGAAAAGGAGUUAACCAUCAUCACCAAACUAUAAUGUUUGGUUGUGCGUUGUUAGUUAAUGAAACAGCCGAAUCCUAUGUGUGGUUAUUGAGAACAUGGCAAGAGGCAAUGCUUGGGCGUCCCCCUUUAACCAUAAUUACUGAUGAUGACAAGGCAAUGGCGAAGGCCAUUGGUGAGACAAUAACGACGGAUGAGUUUGAGCAUGAAUGGAGUGCAAUAGUAGCGAAGUACGGUCUAAUAGAUAAUUAUUGGCUGCAAAAUCUUUACAACCGAAGGGAGAAGUGGGUUCCGGCUUACUUGCGAACAACGUUUUGUGCCAGUAUGUCAACAACUCAAAGGAGCGAAAGUAUGAAUAACUUUUUUAAAAAUUAUGCUCGUUCGAGCACGAUGGUGAGUGACUUUGUGCAUCAAUACGAGAAAGCUUUAGAUGCACGUUAUUUCAAGGAAAAAGAGAAGGACGUGCGAACAAAAUCAACACGGGCAAUUAUGAAAACGUUAUGGAAAAUUGAAGAAGAUGCGGCCUCAGUCUAUACAAGGAAGUCUUUCAUGAUCUUCCAAGAUGAGCUAUUCAAUAGCCAAUGGUACAAAUCAACCAAAGUUGAUAAAGAGGGUGAAAACAUAUUCUGUGUCCUUGAGAGGAAAUCAAAAUUAGAUAUGUUGCCACAUCAUUAUAUUCUAGAGAGAUGGUGCAUCAAUGCUAAGAGCCGGGCUAUUAUUGACAUACCUAAUUCUGAUGGAAUUGUAAUGACAAAGGAUGAUCCAACCAUGAGAAAAAAUAAGUUGAUGAUGCAAUUCUACGAUAUUGCAGAACUUGGAUCACAAUCAAUACAUAAAUGUAACCAUCUCUCUCUUGCUUUAGACAAGGAACACAAGGAGUUGCUCUUGAUGGAAGAAAUUGAAGGAAAAGAAAAAGCAGAAGGUGGAAACAUGUCACUGACUGAUUCACAAAUGUUAAGAUCACAAGUUGUAUCAAAUUUUACACAAAUUUUGUUAGAUCCUCCACGGGUGCCAACGAAAGGCCGACCAAAAUCGCUGAGAGCAAAAAACCCGAAAGAAACUCAAAUCAUGAAGAAAAGGCGUUGUAGCAUUUGCAAGACUGAGAGUCAUGCCAAGAACAAUUGUCCUUCAGUGAGGGGUCUUGGAAAUACAACUGGGAACAAGACUUCAAGCUUGGAUCCGUCUCUUCAAACAACUGGGGGUCAUGCUAAGAACAACUGUCCUUCAGUGAGGGAUCUUGGAAAUACAACUGGGAACAUAUCUUAA